AUGAACUUCCAGACCAUGAGGGGGGCCGCAGCCAUCGAGCAGGCCGCCCGGACCCAUGAUGACUUCGAGCUGCCGAAGCGGCCGAAGGGCAAGACUGUGAGCAAUAGCUCAUGGCUGCGAGAGGGCCUCGGCAUCGAUGACGACACGGGUGCGUCGGACAGGGUUGCCACAAACGCCGCCGUGCGCGGGGCGGCUGGCCGGGGCAAGAUCAAGAUCUUGUCGUCGCUGUACGACGAGGGACAGUGGGAUCCUUGGCGAUGCAGAGUGUCCAUCGAGGCCGCCGACGAGGGCGGCUACCUGCUCGACCUCCUCAAGGCCUUCCUCGUCCACCUGAGCUGGUACCCAAGCCUCGCAGAGGAGCAGGAGGACCUGGUGGUGAAGGAGCUCGCCACUGCGCCAGAGCCCUGCCAGAAGGCCCUCGCCAAAAGCCCGUUGCGGAGGGAGCUCACCCAGAGGACCUGCCUGCUGUCGAACCUGAUGCUCGUUAACUCUCCCAUGGCGGCGCGCGUGCUGGAAGCCGCGGCCGAGGAGACCUUUCUCGUGGAGAGGAUGGAGGCAGUCGGGCCCGUCAUCCAGAAUCACGUGCAGACCGGUGGGCGCGAUGUCCGCACCAGCCCCCCUGUGAGCGGCAAGAAUUUGCGCAACCAGGUCUCCCAGGAUGGCUUUGUUGCUUGGCCAGGCGUGUGGCGCCAGGCAUGGCACUUCACCGACCAUAUGAUUGCGUGCGAGUUCAAGGCGGUUGACCAGACCGUGGAGGCGGCGCAAGGCAAGGUCGAUGGCAUCACGCUCGCGUGGGAUGAAGCGCAGGUGUUCGUGCAGAGGCUCUUGGUGCAAACGGAGCAGGCGGUCGCCGAGGUCUACGAGGCGAACUUUGACGUUGCGAAGGCCGAGUUUGAUGGCAAGUGGAAGGGUCUUGAGGACAUCGCCAGACCCACCUUCCACGACCCUCCAGCGGAAGGCGGGAGCGCACUGGCGGCGCACGCGUGGGCGAGCCUCGGCUGGGCGAGAAUAGAGGAGAUGGUGGUGUUCCGCGGCGACUCUUUCGAGCCUGUGCGCAGGUAUCCCCACAGGAAGUUCCCAGCCACUCUCGACACGUUGUACGUGAAGAGGUUCUUCGAUCUGUCCCGGCCGCAGGCGCCCGUGGAUGCCGGCGUUCGCCUGCCGUCGAGAGGCGCGGCGGCGUCGGCCUUCAGUUUGACCGGCUGCCCUCGGUCAGCGAUCAGCGGGGCAUUUUUCUCGGCCGCGCUUGCGGAUCGGAUGCCAUCGGCGUCUCCUAGGAAAGGCCGUGAUGCAUGUGGCAAGGUCAUGACCACGAGCGCCCUCUUUGGGCGUGAGGUGUGGCAUCUUCUGCUGGGCAUAGGCGCCCAGGCUCCGACGCCGACGUCCGUCGAGGCGGAGGUGACGCUCGAUAAGGAGCUCCGGGCAGAUUUCCUCAUACCGCUGACCGCAGAGAAUUUCUGCUUCGUUUACCCGUGUGCUGAGCUUCCAUGGGGAGGGUAUCUCUACAUCGACGACGACGGGGAGUGUGUGAAGCCGAUAGUGAUAAACCAGGUCAGCCACAAAGCUGGACAGCAGGCGUUCGCUUUCGGCGAUCCCCUACCCUUGAACGAAGAGAAUACCCAGAUCAUUUACAACGAGCUUCAGGAUCUAUCUCCCGACGACCCUUACCACGACGAGGGCGCUAUUUCUUACGCAUGGGUCAUGAAGGUGCCCGGGCUAGAUCUCCCACUAGGCGGUUUCGCCUACGUGUUCUCAGACUCGACGCUGAACAGGGUGUUCCCUCUCAAGGCGGUCGGUGAGGUUCUGAGGAUGGCCGACCUGCCGUGGGAGGUGAAUGCCCACGCGCUGGGCAUGAAGUCGAACGGGAACGAGCUCCAGAAAUACAUCGCCCCGCGAGGAGAACGGGGACCGGGCCGCGCCCGUGGCCAUCAUGCGGAUCACGGCGCCGGACGUGCUGCACCCCAUGAUGCUGCACGGACUCGCGUACACGCCUCGGGAGGACUCGACGUGCUUGCGACGGAUGUUGCCAAGGCGAUCUCCUACGCCGCGUUCGACCGGGCCUGGCCGUUCUACUUGCAGCAGUUCGUUUUCGAUUUCCUUAGUGCCAUGAUCCUUUUUUACAUUGCUUGGGAGGUCCAUAGGCUGCAACAUGAUGAUGGGACAGUGCAGUGGAACUUUGAUGAGUGGAAAUAUUGGCUUUUGCCAUCAUUCUUAUAG